GGGGAUAUUCAGGACGGCUUUUAUUUCUGCAUGGUUGUGGGGAGGACGCAUUGGCACGCCCGCUGGAAAUGCUCUUUUGCGAUUUCUGUUGGUGUUGUGGCGCCUGCGGAAGAUCGGUGGUGUUGGGACUGAAGAGCAGCUUUACCGUGACCAAGCGCACAGGCCUAUUCCCGCCGCUUGCCAGCGCUCGCUGCCCGGCUGCUGUUUGCUACUCUGCGUGACAUUGGAGCAGGAAGCUUUUGCUGUCAGCGCCUUUGACAAGCACAAGCUUAAGUGUGCGUGUUAAAGUUGCCUGGCGUAGCUUGGUGACGGAGGCUACAUUCUGUUUAUCUCUUGUGGCUUCGCUCCAUGUCCUCAACACCGGCUUGCACUACACGCGUUGUUGGCGUGGUGACAAUCUGAUGUAAACAUCAGAUCGUCAAACUGAUCAAAACAUAGAUAAUGAAACUGUUCUCGCUUUCGUGACUAGUCCCCAGGGUCUCCUGGAAGUCUUCUGGAAACCUGUUGAUUGAACCUGCAGAAGAUUAGUUUGUUUAUCCACUGACUUUUGUGACUAAUUGGUCUCAUUGGUGUUUUGAUGGAUAGUUUGGAUUAGCAAGCAUGUUGCAGAUCCUAGAGUCAAAACAUGAUCUGUGCUUUCCUUUGGUGAAUUGUUUAAUUUCUCAGGAAGAGCUGUUGUAUCAUUACCUGGAAUUGAUUGAGCAUGGGGAAAAAGAAUAACUUAAUUGCCUAGCAUCUUGAUUGAGCUACUUAUGGUCAACCAUGGUAAAACUUGCAAAUCCACUGUACACUGAAUGGAUUCUUGAAGCUAUCCAGAAGGUGAAAAAGCAAAAACAAAGACCAUCUGAAGAGAGAAUUUGUCAUGCAGUGUCAUCUUCACAUGGAUUAGAUAGAAAGACUGUUCUGGAGCAGUUAGAACUUGGUGUGAAAGAUGGCACUAUACUGAAAGUUACAAAUAAAGGGCUUUCAUCCUACAAGGAUCCAGAGAAACCAGGCCGUUUUUCACCUGUUAAGUCUUGCAGUCUUUCAAAGUCCACACAGGCGUGCACAUCCAGAAAUUGUAUUGAUAUAAGUAAUGUGGACUGGAAUAAGAUCAUUAAGAGAGCAGUUGAAGGAUUGGAAGAAGCAAAUGGUUCCUCACUAAAGAACAUAGAGAAAUAUCUGAGAAGCCAGAGUGAUUUAGUUACUGUUACCAGCAGUUCCACCUUUCAACAACGCUUGAGGUUGGCCACCAAGCGUGCUGUGAAUAAUGGGAGAAUAUUGAAGGAUGGUCCACUUUACAGAGUGAAUUAUGGGAGUGCAGGAGGCAAAGGAGUGGCUAAAUACAAUAAUUCUUCAUUUCUCCUCCCAGUCAACCAUCUACCACAUGAAAAAGAAAAGCCCCGUGCAAAUCCCUUUCCAAUCUGCAGUUUUUGCCUGGGAACAAAGGAAUGCAAUCGAGAGAAAAAGGCAGAAGAUCUCAUCUCUUGCGCUGACUGUGGUAGCAGUGGGCAUCCAUCAUGUUUAAAAUUCUCUCCAGAGUUAACAGCCCAUGUGAAAACCUUAAGAUGGCAAUGUAUUGAGUGCAAGACUUGCAGUGCUUGUCGAGAUCAAGGAAAAAAUGCUGAUAACAUGCUUUUCUGUGACUCCUGUGAUCGAGGGUUUCACAUGGAAUGUUGCGACCCGCCUUUAUCCAGAAUGCCAAAAGGAAUGUGGAUUUGUCAAAUCUGCCGGCCAAAGAAAAGGGGAAGAAAGUUGCUACAUGAGAAAGCUGCUCAGAUCAAACGUCGUUAUGCAAAACCACUAGGACGUCCCAAAAAUAAACUAAAGCAAAGAACCAUAUCUGCAGACAGUGAUGGAGGAUCUUUAACAGUGGACACAGGAAGGGGGUCAACUGGCAAAGAAACAAAAUCUAUCCAAAAGGAAAGCACAGAUGAGAGUGUAGCCUGUCAUCAGGACUAUGUGACAGACGAGGACUUGGAAAUGUUCAAGCAAGCUCGGCAUUUAUCACUCCAGAAAACAGGAGCUGUUACUACUGUAGACCCCCAUGGUCGGUACCCAUCUAUAAUUGAAUUUGGGAAGUAUGAAAUCCAUACCUGGUAUUCUUCACCAUAUCCACAAGAGUAUGCAAGGCUACCAAAGCUUUACCUAUGUGAGUUUUGUCUGAAGUACAUGAAGAGUCGGAACAUUUUGCAGAGGCAUGCAAAAAAAUGUGGCUGGUUCCAUCCACCUGCUAAUGAAAUAUACCGGAAAAAUGAUCUGUCAAUAUUUGAGGUUGAUGGAAAUAUCAGUAAGAUAUACUGUCAAAACCUCUGCCUAUUAGCCAAGCUUUUCCUGGACCAUAAGACACUUUACUAUGACGUUGAGCCAUUUCUUUUCUACGUAUUAACUAAAAAUGAUGAAAAGGGCUGUCAUCUUGUUGGUUACUUCUCUAAGGAAAAGCUUUGCCAGCAGAAAUACAAUGUUUCCUGCAUAAUGAUUAUGCCCCAGUACCAAAGGCGAGGCUUUGGAAGAUUCCUGAUUGAUUUCAGUUACUUACUUUCAAGGCAAGAAGGACAGGCUGGAUCACCUGAGAAACCCCUGUCUGACUUGGGGCGGCUUUCAUAUCUAGCAUAUUGGAAGAGUGUGAUACUAGAAUACCUGCAACGGCAUCAGGACAAGCAAAUCAGCAUCAAGGGUAUCAGCAGAGAAACAGGAAUGUGCCCACAUGACAUUGCAAUGACUCUACAGCAGCUAAAGAUGAUUGACAAACAACAGUGCAAGUUUGUUAUAAUCCGAAGGCAGAAGCUCAUUCAGGAACAUGUGGGAAAGCUGCAUACCAACCCACGUCUCAAUGAAGUGGACCAAGAAAGCCUGCGGUGGACUCCAGUAGUCGUUCCCAGUGCUGCUGCUUCUGAAGAGGAGAUGGAGGCAGAAAAAGAGGCUGAACUGCUGGAGCAAACCAACCACUGGGAGCAGGGCCAUGAGCAGUGUCCUGAAAUGCAGGCCGGUACACAUGCAGUUAAUAAUGCACCAUGUAAAAACAGCUUUGCACAAUCUGUAUGUCCACCUGACACCAGCGAAUUGAUAACAGAGUCUCCAAAUGAAGUCAGUGAAGAGGAGGAAGAAGAUGAGAAUGACGAAACACAGCUCUGUUCAUCACCAAACACAGCAAAAUCACUCUUCAGAGGGCCAAAGAGGAAGAGGCCACAUACCCACAGAAAGAAGAGGGGGCGGAAGCGGCGGAGACACAACAGCAGUGUUACCACUGAGACUAUUUCUGAAACAACUGAGGUACUUCAUGAAGCCUUUGAGAACUCUGAUAAUGAGGGUCAAAUGCCUUGCUUGGAACCUACUUGUGAAGAAGAGGAGGGUUAUGAAUGUGAUGAUGAAGAGAAGAAUUACUUCAAGCAUCGCUAUGGCAGUUUGGACUUAAAAACGAGGGAUCAGUCAGAUGAAGGAGAAGAUUUCUGUAAAAGUGCAGAUGAAACUCCUGAGAAAGAACAGCAUACAGAUAAAGCAAAUACUGAUAUCUCUUCAAAAGAGAACACUGAGGAAAACUCUGUUGAUUCUGAGCCUAUAACAAGAGUUGUGAAACGCAAAAAAGGUUGGCCAAAAGGAGUGAAGCGUGGUCCAGCUAAAUGGAAACGUAAAGCUGAGAAUAAAACUGGCUUUAAACUCAACCUGUAUACACCACCAGAAACUCCCCUUGAGUCUGAGCAACAUGUCACACCAGAGGAGAAGCAUGUAGUGUCUGAACAGACAACUGUUGGUGAGCAGCAUGGUGAGGCAGCCCCUCCCAUAACAGAGGGAGAUGAACUUGAAGGUGAGCAGAAGGCAGAAUCCUCAGAAUCUACCUGCCUAUUGAGUCAGGAAAGGGAACCUGUAGAAGAACCAACUAUACAGGAACACAAGUUUACUGGUCCAGUUCCUGAAGAUGAGACUCAUAAUCCUGAGCGAGAAGAAGAUGAUGAUGAUGAGGAGGAGGAGGUGAAUCAAAAUGAGGGCCAUGAUGCAGACGAUGAAGAUGACAGUCACAUGGACUGUGCUGCAGCACUGGAAGAAAGUCCAGAGGAAGAAUCGUCAAAGCAGGAGCCAUUCUUAGAGUUAAAUAUUUCAAGUAAUCCUACAGAGCAGAAAGAUGAGAUGGAUCAAAAUACUCAACCUAUGCCAGAUUCUGAAGACCAAAGCAAUGAUCGUGAAGAGAUCUCAGAGUGCGUACCAGAUUCAGGUGAAGGUCAUGUCAGAAGCCAGGAUAGUAAGGAUAAUGGAAAGCAGACCCCUGGAUUCAGGGAGCAGCAUAUCAAUGCAGUGCCUGACACAGAGACAGCACAGGCUGUUCAAGCAUUGACACAAGAAAAUGGUGAACAAGAAAACACUGAGCAAGUAAACACCUACCAAGACUGUGCAGAGACCAUGGAGGCCUGUCAGACACUGCAGCGUUACUCUCAUACAGAGCAGAGUCCACACGUAGAUGACAGCCAGCAGUCAGACCACAGUAGUCCCCUUUCAUCUGUUCACUCAAACCCUAGCCAGUCGGCUCGUUCUGUGAACAGCCCUGGUGUGCCUCCCAUUGAGAACAGCUACACUCAGAUCAGCCCUGAUCAGAGUGGCACCUCUGCACCACCUUUACAGAACAUAGAAACCAGUCCAAUGAUGGAUGUCCCAUCAGUUUCGGACCAUUCACAGCAGGUAGUGGACAGUGGCUUCAGUGAUCUGGGCAGCAUUGAGAGCACAACAGAAAACUAUGAGAAUCCGAGCAGCUAUGACUCAACCAUGGGAAGCAGCAUCUGUGGCAAUAGCAACACACAGAAUAGUUGCUCAUAUAGUAACAUAUCUUCCAGUAGCCUUACUCAGGGCAGCUGUGCAGUAACUCAGCAGAUGACUAACAUCAGUGGUAGUUGUAGUAUGAUGCAGCAGAACCGUAUCAAUUCCCCACCAAACUGCACUGUUAAAUCUCCCCAGAAUUGUAUAAUUGAAAGGUCUCCAAGUAACAACCAAGCACAGCAGCUGUCACAGUGCGGCAUGACCACCAGUUUUGUACAAGCAAUACAACUGACGGACAUUGCCGAAACUGGAAGCUCAGGCGUCAGUAUAUAUGACAGGAUGGGUCAAGGUGAUUUUGGAACUGGGGGCUAUCCACAGCCUUCUGCCAAUUUCAGCCUGGCCAAAUUACAACAGCUAACUAACACAAUCAUGGAUCAUCCAUUGCCUUAUAGUCACUCAGCUGCAGUCACUUCCUAUGCAACAAGUGUCUCUUUGUCCACCCCACAUUCUGGCCUUGUCCAGCCUCAUUCCUUAUCUGGGGGAGCUCCAGCACAACCAACAAUGACUCCCCCACCUAAUCUUACUCCGCCACCAAUGAACCUAGCAUCGCCACUUCUACAGCACAGUAUGGCAGCCCCCAAUAUUGGGAUCCCUCACACUCAGAGACUGCCAACACAGAUGCCAACAAAGAGCCACGUCACCAUUCGCUCCAAAUCGGUGGCUCACCAGCAGCAGCUCUACAGCCGCACCACCUCCACUGUGGCCAUGCAGCCGGCGGCACGCUCUGUCAGCCUGCAGCGCACCAUGAACAUGGGUUUGGUGUCCACGCCACCUUACAACGUCAGUUCCAUGAAUGUGAAUGCACUGAAUGCAAUGAAUGGCUACAGGAUGACACAGUCCAUGAUGAACAGUGGUUACCAUGGCAACCCGGCCUACAUGAAUCAAACUGCCCCAUACCCCAUGCAGAUGCAAAUGAGCAUGAUGGGAGGUCAGCCAUACACUCAACAACCAAUGCAGAGUGCACCUCAUGGCAACGUGAUGUAUACGCCACCAGCUCAUUACAGUCACAUCAACACCGGCAUGACCAAACAGCCUUUGAAUGGCUCCUACAUGAGGAGGUAGAUUUGGGUCAGAUAAGAUCAAUAAUAAUAGAGAGAUCUGCAUAGUUGGAAGCCAAUGCAGAGUGUGAGGUGAUCCACUGAGAAGACCAGCUGUUUUGCUGAACUGUCACAAAAAAAUAGUUUUGAAGAAAUUAUUAAUGGCACUUUGUGUUCAAUCUGUUGACAGAAGGAAGUCUUAUUUAUUUUUUAAUUCAAGUUGGGUGGGACUUGUUUUCACUUUGCCGUAUAUGUAGUUUUCCUUUGUGUUUGGUGUGGACAGAUGAUGACUUUGCAACAUGCGUGGAAAUAGAAGCAGCAGGCCGUGUGUUAGAAACUUUCAAUGUGCCUAUUGCCCUUGGAGAAAGCUUGGCCACUUCUACAUUGAGAACAAACAAGCUUACAGAGAGAACAACCUAGCCACACCUGGGGCUGUAGGGGAUAUUUGUUAUACAGUACAAGUAUAUUGAGUUUUGUGAAGCUGAUGGCUAAUUCAGCAUGCAACUGAACAUCAGUGGAAGAAUUUGUUUGUGACUGUCCUUUAGUAAAACAGGAAUGUAUUGUGUUUAACAGCAAGCCAUUUGUUAUGUUUUGCCUUUAUUAGGUUUUAUUAGCUUUGAAGUAAAAUGAAAACUAUAUUUUUGUUAAUUCUGAGACUGUAAAAAUUGUAAAAGCUGGACCUUGAGUUCCUUUGGCAGUUUUUGAAAAGGUUACUUGCAAAAAUGUUCAGUGUAUAAUUGAGACAUUUUUUUAUACCUGAUUUCUUUUUUUCAGUGAGGCAGCUUUCUGUUUUUUAAAUGAUUGCAAAGUAUUCUGUUUGACAAAUGAACACACAAAUUGUGUUAACAUCAUAUCUAAAUAUUUGUACAUGUCGGGUUCAGACAAGCAAAGCUUUUUCACGAAUAAUGUCAGCCAGCAGCUGAACUGUUGGCUGAGUAACUGUUCUGAGAUAUGUUGCCCCAAUAAUGAACAUCUUUAACUAUUCAUUGGCAUUCCAUCUGUAGAUUUUUCUAUCUUUAGAGAAUAUUGAAGUUCUAUUUUAAAAAAAUUUAGAUCUGUAGUGUGUGAAUAUACCAACAUAUGCUUACAAAACGCAUGUAAAAAGCAAAAGUAUUUGUGUCUGUUUAUAUUGCUGACUUUUUGUAGCCUUUGUACUUGCACAUGGUGACUGUAAGGCCUGCGAGGAAAAAGCUGGAUACGUGUAUAAAGAUAGGAGACAGACAAGUGAGGUGCACUUGAGUUUAUCAGUUAUCCUUCCAGCCAGUCACUUAAAAGGACGCUGUACAUUUUAACAUGAAAUAAAUUAUGUUGACCCAU